GGCUCUCCCCCCGAAGAGGCUGAGGCUUCUCCUCCCCAGCCCCGCCAGCCCCAGCUCGGCUCCGGGGAAGGCGGCGGCGACGGCGACGGCGGCCGCGGCGGAACCCUCGGAGCCGCUUUGUGUGCAGCCUGAAGACGAGGCGGCGGCGACGGCCUGGGCUCCACCUGCGUCCAGCGACCCCAGCGCUCCACGCGCCUCCCGCCCGCAUGAGGACGAGAGGCCGGUAGAGGAGCGUGGAAGAAAAGUUGUCCCCCAGGAUGGACUUCCCCUCCGCACAGCCCAAGCCGCCCACGGCCCUCUGCGGCGUGGUGAGCGCCGACGGAAAAAUCACCUACCCCCCGGGGGUGAAGGAGAUCACGGACAAGAUCACCAACGACGAGGUGGUCAAGCGGCUCAAGAUGGUAGUAAAAACCUUUAUGGACAUGGAUCAGGACUCAGAAGAUGAAAAGCAGCAGUAUCUCCCUCUAGCCUUGCAUCUCGCAUCUGAAUUCUUCCUCAGGAAUCCCAACAAAGAUGUACGUCUUCUUGUAGCAUGUUGUUUGGCUGAUAUUUUCCGAAUCUAUGCUCCAGAAGCACCAUAUACUUCCCAUGACAAACUCAAGGACAUAUUUUUAUUCAUUACAAGACAGUUAAAAGGUUUGGAAGAUACUAAGAGUCCACAAUUUAAUAGAUAUUUUUACUUAUUAGAGAAUUUAGCUUGGGUUAAAUCCUAUAACAUCUGCUUUGAAUUGGAAGAUUGCAAUGAAAUUUUUAUUCAGCUUUUUAGAACUCUCUUCUCAGUGAUCAACAAUAGCCACAAUAAGAAAGUGCAAAUGCACAUGUUGGACUUGAUGAGUUCUAUCAUCAUGGAAGGUGAUGGAGUAACCCAAGAAUUAUUGGAUUCUAUUCUUAUUAACCUCAUUCCUGCACAUAAGAACUUAAAUAAACAAGCAUUUGAUCUUGCAAAAGUGUUACUGAAGAGAACAGUCCAGAUCAUUGAGGCAUCCAUUGCUAAUUUUUUCAACCAAGUUCUGGUGUUGGGAAGGUCUUCAGUAAGUGAUUUGUCAGAACAUGUAUUUGAUCUGAUACAGGAACUUUUUGCCAUAGAUCCUCAUUUAUUGCUUUCUGUUAUGCCACAACUUGAAUUCAAACUAAAGAGCAACGAUGGAGAAGAGCGUUUAGCUGUGGUUCGAUUGCUAGCUAAAUUGUUUGGCUCUAAAGAUUCUGAUUUGGCAACACAGAAUCGGCCUCUUUGGCAGUGUUUUCUUGGAAGAUUUAAUGACAUUCAUGUUCCAGUGAGGUUAGAAAGUGUGAAAUUUGCCAGUCACUGUUUAAUGAAUCACCCAGACUUAGCAAAGGACCUUACAGAAUACUUGAAAGUUAGGUCUCAUGAUCCAGAAGAAGCUAUUCGUCAUGACGUCAUUGUUACUAUAAUAACAGCUGGCAAAAGAGACCUUUCUUUAGUCAAUGAUCAGUUACUUGGCUUUGUGAGGGAAAGAACAUUGGACAAACGGUGGAGAGUUCGAAAAGAAGCUAUGAUGGGCCUUGCCCAACUUUAUAAGAAAUACUGUCUUCAUGCAGAAGCUGGAAGGGAAGCUGCUGAGAAAGUGAGCUGGAUAAAGGAUAAACUUUUGCACAUAUAUUAUCAAAACAGCAUUGAUGACAAAUUGCUGGUAGAGAAAAUCUUUGCUCAGUACCUUGUCCCUCAUAAUCUUGAAACAGAAGAAAGAAUGAAAUGUUUAUAUUAUUUGUAUGCCAGCUUGGAUCCAAAUGCUGUAAAGGCACUCAAUGAAAUGUGGAAGUGCCAGAAUCUACUCAGGAGUCAUGUGCGGGAGUUACUGGAUUUGCACAAACAGCCGGCUUCAGAAGCUAACAGUUCUGCCAUGUUUGGAAAGCUGAUGACCAUAGCAAAGAAUUUGCCUGACCCUGGAAAAGCACAAGAUUUUGUGAAAAAGUUCAAUCAGGUCCUUGGUGAUGAUGAAAAACUUCGGUCUCAGUUAGAACUACUAAUCAGCCCUACAUGUUCAUGCAAACAGGCAGAUGUCUGUGUGAGGGAAAUAGCUCGGAAACUUGCAAACCCCAAGCAGCCAACUAAUCCUUUCCUUGAGAUGGUCAAAUUUCUUUUGGAAAGAAUUGCACCUGUGCACAUUGACUCAGAAGCCAUCAGUGCUCUAGUGAAACUAAUGAACAAGUCAAUAGAGGGGACUGCUGAUGAUGAAGAGGAGGGUGUGAGUCCAGAUACAGCCAUUCGUGCAGGACUUGAACUACUUAAGGUUCUAUCUUUCACACAUCCUACCUCGUUUCACUCAGCAGAGACGUAUGAGUCCCUGCUGCAGUGCCUCAGAAUGGAAGAUGACAAAGUAGCAGAAGCCGCCAUACAGAUUUUUAGGAAUACAGGACACAAAAUAGAAACAGACCUUCCACAAAUAAGAUCCACCUUAAUUCCCAUUUUACAUCAAAAAGCAAAGAGAGGUACACCACACCAAGCAAAACAAGCUGUCCAUUGUAUCCAUGCCAUAUUCACAAAUAAAGAAGUACAGCUUGCACAGAUUUUUGAGCCUCUCAGUAGAAGUCUGAAUGCUGAUGUUCCAGAGCAGCUUAUAACCCCAUUAGUUUCUUUGGGCCAUAUUUCCAUGUUAGCACCAGAUCAGUUUGCUUCCCCAAUGAAAUCUGUAGUAGCAAAUUUUAUUGUGAAAGAUCUUCUAAUGAAUGACAGGUCAACAGGUGAGAAGAAUGGGAAAUUAUGGUCUCCAGAUGAAGAAGUUUCCCCAGAAGUACUAGCCAAAGUUCAAGCAAUUAAGCUUCUGGUACGAUGGCUAUUGGGGAUGAAAAACAACCAGUCUAAGUCUGCCAAUUCAACUCUUCGGUUAUUAUCAGCAAUGCUGGUUAGUGAGGGCGACUUGACGGAACAAAAGAGAAUCAGUAAAUCUGAUAUGUCUCGUUUGCGACUGGCUGCUGGUAGUGCCAUAAUGAAGCUUGCUCAGGAGCCUUGUUACCAUGAAAUUAUUACACCAGAACAGUUCCAGCUCUGUGCACUUGUUAUUAAUGAUGAGUGCUACCAAGUGAGGCAGAUAUUUGCUCAAAAGCUGCACAAGGCUCUUGUGAAGUUACUGCUCCCAUUGGAGUACAUGGCAAUCUUUGCCUUGUGUGCCAAAGAUCCCGUGAAAGAGCGAAGAGCCCAUGCCCGACAGUGUUUGCUGAAGAACAUCAGCAUACGAAGGGAGUAUAUUAAACAGAACCCCAUGGCUACUGAAAAGCUCUUAUCCCUACUGCCUGAAUAUGUAGUUCCGUAUAUGAUUCAUUUGCUGGCACAUGACCCAGAUUUUACAAAACCUCAGGAUGUUGAUCAACUUCGUGAUAUCAAAGAGUGCCUGUGGUUCAUGCUUGAAGUUUUAAUGACAAAGAAUGAGAAUAACAGCCACGCCUUUAUGAAGAAGAUGGCAGAAAACAUCAAGUUAACCAGAGAUGCCCAGUCUCCUGAUGAACCUAAGACUAAUGAAAAACUUUACACAGUAUGUGAUGUUGCUCUUUGUGUUAUAAAUAGUAAAAGUGCUUUAUGCAAUGCAGACUCACCAAAGGACCCAGUCCUCCCAACCAAAUUUUUCACUCAACCUGAAAAGGAUUUCUGUAAUGACAGGAGUUAUAUUUCUGAAGAGACAAGAGUUCUCCUAUUAACAGGAAAGCCAAAACCUGCUGGAGUACUAGGUGCUGUAAACAAGCCUUUAUCAGCAACAGGAAGGAAACCAUAUGUCAGAAGCACAGGAACAGAACCUGGAAGCAACAUUAAUGUAAACUCAGAGCUGAACCCUUCAACCGGAAAUCGAUCAAGGGAACCAAAUUCAGAAGCUUCAGAAACAGGAGUUAGUGAAAAUGAAGAGAACCCUGUGAGAAUCAUCUCAGUCACACCAGUAAAGACUGAGCCUGUAAAGAACAAGGAGAUUAACUCUGACCAGGCUACUCAGGGCAACAUUAGCACUGACCGAGGAAAGAAAAGAACAGCAACUGCCUCUGGAGCAGAGAAUAUCCAACAGAAAACUGAAGAGAAGGCAGAUGAGACAGGACCACCCACCGCUCCCAAGGCCAGACGAGGACGUCGGCCCAAGUCUGAAUCUCAGGGCAGUGCAACAAAAAAUGAUGAAACAAAUAAAUCAGCUGGGAGGGGAAGAAAGAGGGCCGCCGUUGGUCAGGAGAGCCCAGGGGGGCUGGAGGCAGGCAACGCCAAAGCACCCAAACUACAAGAUGUAGCCAAAAAAGCAGCACCAGCAGAGAGGCAAAUUGAUUUACAAAGGUAAAAAGAGGCCUCACUCGAAAAGGGAGGAAAUGACAGCCAAAUAAAGACAGGCUCAAGCUUCUGCAAAAACCAGAAUUCAAAAUGUACCUGUACAGAAACUGAAAUUACUUUAAAACACCCAAUUUCUGCCUUGAAAACUGAAAAACUAUUACUUCCCUUUCAUAUGACACCAGUCCUUGAAUGGAAAUGUAAAGCAGAAACUCUUGAGAGAGGCUAAAAGCAAUUGUACUUAUUUUCCCCUGAGACUUUUUUUUAUGAAAAGUCAAUAAUUAAGCAAAUUGCUUAACACUUGGUUCCAGUUCCUGCAUAUCUGGAGUUUAAAGUGCAUCACACCGUUCUUUUCCAUGCUGCAUUUUUUUUAAAGAAAGUCACAGGAUGUCCUUACACUGACACAGAAAAUUCAUAAUUCUAGAGCCAGGAAUGCCCAUGUUAACACAAGAAAAAUAGAAGCCUACUGAAUUAAUUUUAAGGAGAAAAAGAGAUCGGAACAAGUACUUCUUGGCUUUUCCUUUUGAAGACUUUUAUGUAUAAUUCUUUCCGCCUGCCUACUUUUCUGCAAAAAAUAAGAUGUACAGAUUUCAUUUCCCUGCUAUGAAAAGUCUUGUGGUGGCAAUUUUAUAAAUGUUGCUUUCUGAUUUUUAUCAGAGUGAGAAAAUAAUUAAAAUUGUUGAUUUGCAAGUAAACAUUUCAUUUUUUUAAUUUCCCCCCACUUUAGUUUAAUAUAAUUUGCAAUAAAUGUACAUAUUGUUGUUUGUUUUAUAGAGCAUAUCACUUUAAAAAGGUUUUUACUCCAGUGGUUAUUAUGUUGGAAUAUUGGAAAUUUUAAAGGAGUAAAGGCAGUUCAGGAUUUGGUUUUGUAAUGUGCAUCACCAGAUUUUUAUUAUUGAUGUAAAAAAGUCAAUUUUUAAAAAUAGAUGGACUUUGGCAGCUUCAUAAGGAAAGUUGGAAAUGUUUAGAAUUGCACUCAAUUUUAAGCAUUGCGAUAAAUGAAAGAAUGUCUGUUUUGCAUUUUGUUUCCCAGUAUGAACUCAUUUUUUUUUUCAUUUUAGAAGACUGUUGCACCAAUAUUGUUUCCUGGCAUUGUUCAGCAAGGGUAAAAGUGUACACCUUGUGUACACAUGAUCAUAUUUAAGUUGGUUGCAUAAAAUAAAUGCUUCUAGGUGUCAUAUGAUAGUCCUUGCUUUUUGAUCUAUCAGUAUGUUUUCUCGUCUUAAAUGGAGUUCUCUUAUGUGCAGGGGCUAAAGGGAUUCAGAAUUGGAUGGCAUAAUUACAGUCAGCUCUCUGUUAUCCGUGGUAAUGGAGGGUAAGAGUGAUCAAUUCAAGAAGUACUUCUUUGAUUCGACACAGUCAUGUGUGUACUUCCAUGUAGAAUUUUCCCUGCACAAAACUCUCCUGUUUCUUGCAAGAGGUUCGUUUAUUAAGCACCUACUAUGGAAUCAUACUAACAAUCACUUAGCACGUGCCUCAACUGAACUGGGACUUUUUCAGUGUAUUUGCACCAUGUGCCUAUACUUGGUUAGAGGCAGUAAUUAAAGUAAACAAGUGAUAAUUGUUUCAACAAAGAAUUACCACCUGCUUUGCUCAAUCGUGUUAACAAAAAUUUGAAAGCAAGUUUUUCAUUAGGCACAUAUCCACCACCAGCAAUACCCCCUCCCAGGAUAAUGUAGAGUUGGCUGUAUAUUAAUUUAUAUGGAAGAUAUAGGUAAAUAAUUCAGUUGUUUAUAAGAUGGAGGAAUACUAAUAUUAGAAUUCUGGAAGAAUGUAAAAUUGUCCCUACCACUUUUCACUGCCUUCUCUUUUAUUGCCUUGUAAUAUAAAUCAGAAAUGAAGUUCAGACUUGGUCCCUAGACCCUAUGGGACAGGAGGAAAGAAUAUUAAACUAUGCAGAAGUAUAUGACAGUGACUUUAGGCAACCCAUGAAAAAUGGGCACAUUAUAGUCAGGGAGUUUAAUCAGGUUCUCUUAGUUUAGACAAGUCAAUUUCAGCACCUUCAAGCCCUUAAGGAAAGGACGAGAACCUUUUUUCCCUGGAACUCUUCCUCUUUCCCUGGAACUCAGCCCUCACUAUUGAAAACCAAAAAGCAAUUGAUAGAGGGAACCGUAUCAAAUACAGGGGGCAAAUCUGCUGCAUUGAUUGAAAGCAAUUUGAAUUCUUGCAGGGGGGGAACGGCAAGCAGAGAACUGAUUGACUAGAAAGAACUGGCAGGACUGUGCACCUGAUUUAAUUAUGACAUCCAAAUGUUUAGCACGAAGGGAAGUAAACAAGAAAUAGGAGAAUAAGAGGUUGAAAAAACAAUUAAGCUCUUUUGAAUGGGAAAAUACCUAUUUGAAUGAAAAUUUGGUUUCUUUUGAACAAUAAGAAGUUAAUUCCUCUUAUACUGUUGUUCACAUCUCAAAGUUAAACAAAAUGAAGAAAUCCAGAUUUGCAGUUAAAAGCUAAUGUUUUAACCCUUUGUGUCUAGUCUAGUUAGAGGAUUCUUGUAAUUUGUCUAAUAAUUCAACCAGAAUUUUAUACUCUUUGAUACAAAGCGUGUAUAGUAGUUUUACAUAUUCUUGUGCUGCACAUGGGCUGGAUUUUUAGAAAUUUCUUUUUAAGAAUGAAGCAGAACAUUGUAAUUUGUGUAAAUGCAGAGUGUAAUAUCUACCAUGAAACACUAAAACAUGGAUUGUUUCAAAUAAAACCAAGAAAUGCAGCAUUA